AUGCGUUCAGGCCCACCGGUCUCGUGUAUCAAGCAUAGCCACUUGCUCCUCAUUCCGAUAGAGCUUCUCGCGGCCAUUUUCGCGCUCCUGCCUAACCGAGACAUCAAAAACGCCCGCUUGACCUGUCGAGGUCUCUGCAAUGCUGUACACUUGCGACUCGACCGUGUGUUCAUAUCGGCUAAUAUACGUAAUAUAGAAGUCUUAAAGGCCAUCGCAGAUGAUGAAACUUUCCGCCGAGGCGUUGUUGAGAUUGUCUGGGACGACUCUCUACUACCUAUCACACGAGACCCUGACGAUUACAGUGACAGGUCCCCAGUUUGGUUCCGCCACAAACUUGGGGAUAACCUGGGCAAUAUAUUGAAUGAGCGGGUGGUGCCUGACGACCCCGACCUUCCUAUCCACGUCGCUAAGACCCAGCAUGCUGCCGCUCUGAUCCCAACCAAGGAGGCUUGGUCAUACUAUCAGACUCUAGUCCAACAGCAGAAAACGGUCCUCGCAUCUGGAGCUGAUGUCUCUGUGCUGCGCUAUGCCCUAGAACAAUUCCCCUCCCUCAGGCGAAUCACUGUCACUCCCGCCGCCCAUAGGGUUCUGUUCCACCCGCUGUACCAGGCCCCGAUGAUUCGCGACUUCCCGCAAGAGCUCAACUACCUGAUCCAAUACGGCUGGCUGGCUACUAAAAGCGCAUACUACCACCCUAUGGCGCCUCCCCCUGGGGCCCCAAACGAAGGCAGACUGGACCCGUGGCGCGGGUUCCGUAUCGUCAUGCGCCUCCUAGUCGAACUGCCGCAUCUUCGAGACCUCGCGGCUCUGCUUCUGCAGCUAGGCUUCAGGCGGAUUGACCCGGCCCUCAUCGUUGACAGCGAUUGGUACGACGACUGGGUGCCCUUCCGCAGCGGAAAUCUCGGCCGGAUGCUGGCCAAUGCCCAAGACCUGGAGCACGUAGCACUGUCUACCACCGUCGGUCCAGACCCAGCUGUUGAUGCGGAAGAUGGCGGGGAUGGGCAUAUAAGGAACUUUAUCCCACUUAAGAGUAUCUUCCCCUUGGACAGAUGGCCCCGUCUACGGCACUUGGCGCUGUUCCGGUUCUUGGUGAACCAGGGAGAUAUGAUAGGGCUGUUGGUCGCCCUGCCAGAGACCUUAAGAUAUGUAGAGCUGAGCUUUCUGCUGUUCCUAGAGCAAGGAGGGAACUAUAGGGAUAUGUUGGUUGAGAUGCGAGAGAAGCUGGCUUAUUGGAAGGACGAUAUGGACGGAUCGGGAGGUUGGGGAAUUCCGUUACGGGAUGGGAAGAAUCCUUUCGGUACAGGUCAAGGGGGGAACAAAAAUAAGAUAGAAUAUGGCUUUGGGGUAGUGAAAGACGUGUUUGAAUCUGAAUAUGAACGACCUUUUAUGGACCGCCAUACGAUGAUGGAGCUAGGAUACUACAAAUAA